CUUGAGUGCUUCCAGGGAGGGGGCAUCCACAGCCUCACUGGGCAGCCUUCUUCACAGGGCAUUUAUUUUGUGCUUCUUUACUGUAAUUAUAAUUUCAUCACAAACCCUUAUAUUCCAUCUGUACUCCUUGUGACUUAAACAUUGUAAGGAGUCUACAAGUUACUGUUGUACUGGAGAUAGCCAUCAUCUUUUGUGGAAUACUUCAACAGAUGCAAUUGCUUUACACAGUUUACAUACUAAUUGUAAUAUAAAUGUGCUUUUUGGAGUUUGAUUUCUGAAGGUACUAGUCAUAAGCAUCACUAAAUGAAUAACAUUGUGAAUAUCCAAUUUUUUCCUUUUUUAUAUGCUAAUUUCAGUGUUGUACUUUUACCCGUACUAUGUUCAUUGGUUAUUAGAAAAAUGCAUUAAUCUUUAGUGUAUAUUUUCUGGUAUGUUCAUGCUCAUAGCUUGUAGGGCUAUUUUUCUUAAGGGAUUAUUGAAGGAGCUUUACUUAUAUAUGAGCAUAUUGCCUAGUACCAUAGUGUCUCAGGUAUAAACAAUUUCUUCAUUAUUUUCCUUUUGGUUUAAAGUAAUCAAGCAUUAUUUUCAGUAGUCUAGAUAUUCAGGGAAACCUUGUUUAGAAAAGGGAGAUGAAUGUCUUUCAGUUUAGAAUAACUUAUGAAAUACUGAAUAGAGGCAAGAGAAGAUACCACAGUUCUUUGCCUUUGGAAUGAACUUUGAACUUCUAAAGUCAUGAGAUUUUCUGAACAGAGCCAUAGAGGAGCUGAAAGCAGGAUUUGCAGCAAUAUUAUACCACGUUUUGCCUGCAGAAAAUUUAUCAGAGAUAUUAAGUCGUAGGAAAAAUAUUGGUCUUCAGAAAGUACCAUGGACAGCAUGAAAAAUGUUGCUAACAGCUCUUACAGUGGUGGAGCUCUGCUUAGAAUGGGCCUCAAUGAUAACAAAGCUGGAAUGCAAGGUUUGGAUAAAGAGAAAAUUAAUAAAAUCAUCAUGGAAGCUUCCAAGGGCUCCAAAUUUUAUGAAAACGAGCUCAAAAAAGAUCAACAAGUCAAUCAACGAAUUGAGAAAAUGAUGAAGCUUAAGGAGAAAAUUACACAACAACAGCUGCUGAAAGCACAGUUGCAGGUGGACAAACUUGUGAUGGAACUGGAACAGAGUCGCAACCUUAAUUGUACUAUUGUACACAUUGACAUGGAUGCCUUCUAUGCAGCUGUGGAAAUGAGAGACAAUCCAGAACUGAAGGAAAAGCCUAUUGCAGUUGGAUCAAUGAGUAUGUUGUCCACCUCAAACUACCAUGCUAGGAGAUUUGGUGUACGUGCAGCCAUGCCUGGAUUUAUUGCUAAAAAGCUGUGUCCACAUCUAACUAUAGUACCAUUAAACUUUGAAAAGUACAGAAAAGUGAGUAGAGAGGUUAAAGAGAUACUGGCUGAAUAUGAUCCCCAUUUUAUGCCUAUGGGCCUAGAUGAAGCCUACCUGAAUGUAACAGAGCACUUGGAGGAAAGGCUGAACUGGCCUGAAGAUAAAAGAAGAUACUUUUUGAACACAGAAGACACUACAGAAAAAAAUAAAGAGGAUAUAAACAUAUCUGGCACACUGAAUAUGGAUGGAUUCUCUUCUUCACCGGAGCUGUUUGAAGAUGGCACAUCUGUAGAGGAUGAUCCCUCUGGACAAAGAGAUCAGUCACUGAAAAAUUUUGUUGUCUUUGGAACCUCGGCAGAAGAAGCUGUGAAGGAAAUUCGCUUUAGGAUUGAGCAGAAAACUCAACUGACUGCUAGUGCAGGAAUAGCUCCAAAUACAAUGUUAGCGAAAAUGUGCAGUGAUCGUAACAAACCUAAUGGGCAGUGCAGAAUUCCUCCAGAGAGACAAGCAGUGCUAGACUUCAUAAAAGAUUUGCCCAUUAGAAAGGUGCCAGGUAUAGGAAAAGUAACAGAGAAGAUGUUAAAAGCCCUUGGAAUUGUGACUUGCUCAGAACUUUACCAGCAGAGGGCACUGCUUUCUCUUCUUUUUUCAGAAGCAUCUUGGCGGAGUUUCUUGGAUAUCUCUCUUGGGCUGGGUUCAACGCAUCUAGAAAAGGAUGGAGAAAGAAAAAGUAUGAGCACUGAAAGAACAUUCAGUGAAAUAAACACAGCAGAAGAUCUGUACAGCUUGUGUCGAGAACUCUGCAGAGAACUUGCUCAGGACUUACAGAAAGAAGGACUCAAGGGUAAAACUGUUACCUUGAAGCUAAAGAAUGUGAACUUCGAAGUAAAAACAAGAGCCUCAACAGUGCUGUCUUCUGUUUCUGCUGAGGAUGAAAUAUUUGCUGUUGCAAAAACGUUGUUAGGAACGGAAAUUGAUAGUGUUGCUCCUCACCCCCUAAGGAUAAGACUUAUGGGUGUACGAGUAUCAGGAUUUCUAAGUGAUGAAGAGAAGAAAUACCAACAAAAAAGCAUUAAAAGCUUCUUAAAAUCAGGAAAAGAACUUGAUUUUCCAAGGCUUCAGUCAGGGAAAUCCAUUCAAGAAAAUCUCACAAAAAACUCAGAAGCAUCUUCCAGCGGGAGUUUUUUUGAUAAAAAGCGAGCUGCAAGGCAACUAAACUGUAAUAAUCUUUCUUCAAAUGAAAGUGUAGGUAAGCAGCACUUUCACGGUGUAAAAUCAUCAGCAAAUUUUGUGGAAGAAGCAAGCAAGGUCACAGACUUGCAGAAGUCUAAUGUAUGUGAGAUCUUCACGUGCCCUGUUUGCUUUGAGGAACAAAGCAGUAGUAGUUUGGUAGAGAUUAAUAGGCAUGUUGAUGAAUGUCUUGCUGGCAGUCUUGUUAAAGAUACUGUGGAAAUGACAAAAAAUGACAUUUCAAGAGGAAAUACUUGUAACUUUUUAUCACACUGUAAAAAUGAAAAUACUGAUGACUGUAAAGAAAAUAUAACAGAUCAAUUAGCAGGAACUGGCCAGUCAGCAAGUACAUCUGAAAACUCUUCUGCCAAUAGUAGAGAUGAAAAAUUCACUAAGAUAGUCUCAGAAAAACCUCACAGAGAAGAACAGCCUGGUGAGCUUGUUGAUAUUACUAGAAAUGCAAGCAUAAAACAAUGUCUCUUUCCCAAAAGAAAUUCACAAGAGACUUCAGAACAGUUUGGAAGCAUGGAUCAUACAGAAGAAACUAGUUCAUCCUGUUCUUUUGAAACCAAAGAAGACAGUGUUCUUGUUUGUCCAGUUUGUAAUUCAGAACAGAAAACCACCAGCCUUAUGUCAUUUAACAGACAUGUAGAUGUCUGCUUAAACAAAGGCCUUAUCCAGGAGCUGACAGAAAAAGAUGAUUGUUCUGCUAAGAAUUCUGAUACAGGAAAUUCAAUCAGAGUUGGGGGGUUGAGCAGAGGACAGCAGUGCACAAAACCAUUACAAGGAAUGAAAAGGUCUGGACUAACAACUUCACAGUCAGCAUCAAAGAAGGCUAAGUCAAUCAAUUCCAAGCGUACAAUUGAAAUGUUUUUUAAAUGACAGUGCAGCACUGUACUUCAUAUGAAGUACUUCAUAGUGUUUUAUGUCUGCAAAUUAAUUUAGCAUUGGUGCUGGGCUGGAUUCAGAUGGAAUAUGGCUGGAUUCACAUUGAAGCCAUUGUAUGUUUAUCAUACUCUGUUAAAAGGAUGAUAUGUGAGGUAGAAGAAGGGAUAUAACUGAGUACAAGGUGAUGGACCCACCCUGAAGGGCUCUCUGUGAUGAGAUGCAGGAUGACUUUGCUUGAUACUAAAAAUAUUAAUAAACUAGAUGAUAAGGGAAGGAUCCUUCCAGGUUAGUUGAACAAAUGCUGUUUGAUCCUUGGACUUUCCAAACAGACUGAGAACUUAAGUUUUCUUUGCUGUAGUUCAAUUGGUACCUGUUGGUUGGGCUAAAUUUAGUAUAUAUCAAUGUGCAAUAAUAAUAUGAAUGUAAUAUGAAUAUGUGCAAUAUGCUGAAGUAUUCUUACUAUUUAUCUAUCUUUAUUUAAAAUUAUUUUCUAUUUUUAAAUAAAUUGUAUUUUAUGAGUACUUAAGUGGAAGGAGGAAGUUUUACAGUUCAAAUAUUUGAAAUACUCUAUAAUGAUAUUCUUCUGUUUACACCAAAUCGCUUGAAUUUAGAUAUUUUAUACUUAAUUUAUGAUGAUAGUAUGUUUCUUAGAAGUUAUGCAUACAGUGACAAACCCUUGAUGAAAUAUGAACAUGGAUAAUCUUUAAAAAAUGACAAUAAUAGAAGCUUAUGUUCCAUUGCUUAACUGUAUGGGGAUAACUCUGCAGCUUACAGUUUUGUUUUUUUUUUAAUGUGUAUUUAGUAUGUUUUAGAUGUUUAGGCUAAAUCCAGAAUGUAUUUUUUCAUUUCUAGAUUUUCUGUAAUGAUUUCAGUAUCUCCUAUCUGCUCAUCUCUGCUUGCCAGGUGCCACUGAUGUGUUAUUUGAAUUCAGUGCUCCUUAAUCUGCUCUGGACAAAAUAAGCCAGGCUAGUUGAUACUAUUCUGCAGUCAGACAGUUGAUGUUGUCCAAACAAAGUCAGUGAGCAGUCAGCAUUAGCUGUUCUGCUGACAGAGGUAGGAGCUGGAUAUUUCUGGUAGGAGAGACAUUAAAACAGCUGAAGGAGCAGUGGCUACUGUUUAAAAAAAAAUAAAUAAAUGAACACUUGUCUCUGUAUUGAUUUACAUAUGUCUAACUUAAUAAAGCAUUGAAUCCAAGA